UUAGCUUGCUUGAAGCAAUAUUUCGACCAAUUCUUCUGGCUUAUACUUCCAUCUUCGUACAACGGGGCAUCCACCGUACUGAGCAACGACAAAAAUACUCGCCCUCGGACCUCGCGUAAUUGUUUCGAGCCGAAGUCGAAAUCGGGGGGUCUGCAAGCCUCUGGUCCGAUGCAAGACGCACCAACAAUACGCCCUAACCGGCGUGAAGGCCGCGCCAAUUGAAUGCACUAAUGCACACCGUACAACGCUGCCUCCUUCUAGGCCUGUCCCUUUCUACCAGAGUAAAAUAGACGCUGGGAGCCUUAAAUAGCGACACGAAUCACUGCAUCACCUGCGUCUUCUUGACCGUUGUGCAUUGGGUGCGCUAACAAAUUAUAAAGUGACGCUUCUGCUUGGUCAGCUUGCAACAGGCUCCAAAUGAGGAAAGGGUCGACCCACGGAAUGCCGGCGUCACUUCGCUGCGGUAAAUCAGGAUCUUGCCAACAGGUUUGGCUGAAGAUAGAUUUUCAGCCUGAUCGGCUUCUUCGUACUUUGAUAUACCCAUUGCGGACGUGCACAGGGUCCACUACAAAGUUCUUGGCCUCUUCGUCGGGGUUCAUUAAACAGCUCUGUUCACUAGGAGUGCUUUGUUGACAACACUGUCUACUAAGUUUUUUAGCGGGCAGCUAGCUAAUUCUACCCACAACGAUGCACGGGCAAAAAUCAAGCUAUUGAGUAACUUGUGUCGUUGUAUCUAUGCUUAGAGGAAUCGACAAAGAACAGUUGUAGCUCGGGUACUGUAGUGAACCUAGACUUGUUAUCGGUCUUCAUCUCUAUUCACAUAGUUGCUAGCCACAGCUCGCCACCAUUGAACUAGUCGACUCAGCGUUGUAACCGUCAACGAUGAUCGAGGCUUCACGGCUCUCAGAUACGACGCUUUCGGCCAAAAAUUGGCAAGUUCAGGCGCAAUACUUGUACAGAACAUAAUAAUGAAUGAAAAUUAGACCGCAGGACUGAUUACUUCGUAGAGCUUUAUCUCUUUUCGAACCAACGGGGUAAAUGCUUUUAUGCUACCUAUAUGCACGUCUUAAACUCCUGGUAGAAGUGCUCGAACGCGUGCCGUGAACUCUAGCAUGCAGCUAUAUCCUGCAUAUCGUGCAUUAGGCUACCCGCAACAUGGUCAUUGGGCUGCACCUAGUUGUUUGGUGCGCAACUGAAGUAGUGCGUCUUCAUGUACUUACUUCGUGCGUUGCGAGGAACGUUGUCAUCGUUGCUUGGCAGAUGUCGACAGUGGCGCCAAGUGCAGUGCAGCAAGAAGCCUCGGGGGGAACGGGGGACAGAUUGGCCACCGCCCCCAGCACCGCCGCCAACUAUCACCAAGAACAACAACCUGGCUUAGCGAUUCACGUGUCGGCAAAUGCUAGCAGACAACCACAGCAGCAUCAGCCAAGUACAGCGAUAACUGGGAUAAGCACAGCAUGUACAACGACUCCAUCACUCCCAACUAGGAUGGGCACAGGAACUGGCUCCGCAUCCUCCGAAUUGCCCACAUCACUUUCAAAACAGCAGAUUCACGAGAUGAAGACACUGAGACAGGCCAGCUCCAAUGACAACAACAAAGAGAACCACAGCAGCGCUAGUAGCCCGAAGAUCAACGGAAUAAAUAGCACGAAUGCAACGAGCAACAAUUCUGCUGACUCACUGGUACGAAGUGGUCAUAUCAGUCCAUCACUGUCCUCAACACCGUCAAGUCCAGCACCUCCAUUCGCAGGUGAGGGCGGUGAAGGCAGUCCAAAGGACAAGACCCCCAUGUGCCUCGUUAAUGAGCUGGCGCGCUUCAACAAUGUUCAGCAUCAAUACCGACUUGUCGAGGAACAGGGUCCUCCGCACAAAAAAACGUUUACGGUUAUGCUCAAGCUAGGAGCUCAUGAGGAGUACACCGCCACGGGAAGUAGCAUUAAGCGCGCGAGACACUCUGCCGCCCAGACGGCGUUACAGAAAACGGGGCUUAGGCAUCCUACGCCGAAGGCUGCGGGAAAGGGUUCGAAUGGUCCCUUGACGCCGACAGUGGAACUCAAUGCUCUAGCGAUGAAACGCGGUGAACCGGCGGUUUACCGCGUGGUCGAAAUACCCCGCCUCGCAUCCGCGUAUUUGCCGACCCCCCUGGGUUAUAAUAGAACACCCUGCACAGGGCCGGCUUUGUACGGGCCACACGCUGUGCAUGGAUUAGGUCAUUCUGGACAUUCCCGCUAUCAUCCGCAUUUCCCGCCUCGACUUCCGCCCUCAUACCGCGCCAUUCUCGACGUUGGCGAGAGGAAGUUUAUCGGGGAAGGGAACACGGAGCAAGCUGCACGCCAUUCAGCUGCAGAGGUCGCUCUGGCGACACUUCGACAACUGCCUCUUCCCGCGUCGGCGACGCGCCGUAGCGCCGUUGCCCUAAGUGACGAUGACGACGACGAAGGCAAGAGUGCUAUCAGCGUCGUUUACGAGAUGGCGCUUAAACGAAACCUUCAGGUGGACUUUGAGGUCAUUGCCGAGUCGGGACCGCCUCACAUGCGCAAAUACAUUACGCGCUGUCAGGUUGGUACCAUAGCUGUAACAGAGGGAUGCGGAAAUGGUAAGAAACUUAGUAAGAAGGAAGCCGCCGAAAAGAUGGUCGUUGAACUGAGGAAGCUGGCGCCUGUCAUGCAGUUCUGUCAAACUGGACAGCAGCAUCAGACCGCAACUAAUCAGCGGGGUAAAAAUAACGGAGGAUCAGUUGAGACGUCGAUGGCUACAACCGAAAAGAAGAAGGCUGCUCCGAAAAAAAAGAGCAAAAACCUCGUCAAGGAGCAGAGACCCGACGGUACCUUUUAUGGACAAGGAAUCAACCCUAUCUCAAGGCUCAUCCAAAUUCAGCAAGCGAAAAAAGAGAAAGAGCCGGCAUAUUCAGUGGUGGCGGAACGAGGCGAGCCACGUUCGCGAGAAUUCGUUAUCCAAUGUAGUUUGGACGGCGGCAUGGUGGCCACUCAGGGAACAGGACCGAAUAAGAAGACUGCCAAACGAAAAGCAGCGGAGGCCAUGCUACAGCAACUGGGAUAUGCAAAGCCUGUUGCACAGCAGGCAGGUGGAGCUAGUAAUAAGGAUGAGCGGGAAAACGUGGACACCUCGAAUAUGAAUGGAACUUCAAGCGGAGGGAAGUCAGGCUCAGGUCAUUGUCGCCAACUCGCACCUGGUCUGCUCGUUGUCUCUAAAGGCGGAAAGGAAUCGAAGACUGAACAGACCAGGGGCAAAAACGUGCACACCGACAAGCAAGCGGCCAUAGCGAAGGAGCUGUUGGAUAGCGGGGUUUCGCCCACGGCAAUUCAGGUCGGUAACCAUCAGGGUCACCAGAACAAAGAGCGGAGUACCAACCCAGGCGCAAACCGACAGACCUCAGCCAUGACCGCAGGCGGGGGCAGCGACGGUGACGGGAAUUCUAAUACGGGCCCGCAGGGCUCCCUUAUCAAGGCCAAGGACCAGCUAAGCUAUCUUGCGCAGGUGCUCGGUAUUCAGGUGUCCUUUAUGAACUUCCCAAAAGGAAGUGAGUUUUUGUCACUUGUCGCGCUUACCUCCAACCCUCCUCAGCAAUGCCAUGGCUCGGGCCGCACCGUGGAGGAGGCGCAGGACAAUGCGGCCCAUUCCAUUCUCGUCACGCUAGCGCAACUGGGCAUCGACUCGAUUCAGGCUAACAACAACAAUAACAAUAAUGGGAAAAAAAACGAAGGCAAUAAGACAGCUGCAACGACGACAGCCUGAGUCUUUGUUGACAGCUGAUACAUGAUAAUAAUCCGCCAGCUCUGAGGAACCAGGUAUGGCUACAUGAUUGUGCAUCAGUUCUGUAAAACCACAGCUUGAACUCCAACACAGAGACACCAAAGAAAAAUCAUGGUCUCGACAUUAUUUUGUGGAUAAUCAGCGCAAAACGAUGAAAGACUUACAACUAUAUUAUACUGUAAAAUGGUAUAUACAUAUAUAUAUAUAUGCACGCUUAUGUACGUAGAUCUAUAUGCGUCCAGUUACGACUACUCGUUGAGUAUAUCCUACGGACAAUGCAGAAUUGAGUGCACAACGGUUGGCGGUCAGGUGGUAAUUUAAUUAAGAAAUACGAAAAUGUUGGGCAGUUAAGGUGUUCAAUUGACCGCUUCUUUUACAAUAGGCAAACUAGAAAUCAGUUACGGAACAUUGGGACCGCUCACAUUAUGAUUUUCGCCAUGAGGUUUCGCUUGGAAAGAAUGAGUAACGCGUAAUAGUAGGCGUAGUAACUAUUUUACCGAAAAAUUAAAAGAUAAUGAAGUACGCUUAAUGCUGAUAUCAGCCUAUGAACGUAGCGUUCAGCGCUGUGAUUUUACGUGGAUGCGAUCAGUAUUAGUAUCGUACGGUACCCGUCCUCUCAGAGAAACUGUAAGAACAACAAAAACAACAAGAAACUAAAACGCAAAUGAUUAGGUAACGCCAAGCAAAUCACUAAAAAAAAAAAACUAACGUAUACAAAGAUUGCUAGUUAUGACAAUUAUUCGAUAAUUAAUAAUAACAAUAGUAAAACUGAGUUAUAGGUUGUACACGAUAGGUUGUGGACGUGAACAGACUGGGUCUGCCCAGCGAUCUAUAAUGCUAUACAUUGUUAUUCUGCUGGUGAAGAUGCAAUAUGAGCAGAAGACAGGGAUGAUGCCACAACGAACUAAGUCGUGAGGUGGACUACCGGGUAGGCGGGAUGAAGGGAUACGAAUAUACGAGUCCGACAAAAUGUUGCAAACUUAUUGCCGUACUGACUCGGUGAGCGAUGAUGACAAAGAGGAUACGAGGCGACAAUAGGAAAGCUCUUCCCUAACAAGGAGAAACGGACCCUGAACGACGGUUGUGCAUAGGUAUGCACUGAGGAGAGGUAAAGAGCAAACUAUUCCAACUGAAGGUAAAACACGCAUUGAAAAAAAAAAAAAGAAAUCUCAACAACGGUACUACAGCUACUUCUAGGAAUUGCUAUACCAUUAUUAUAUCCAUAUCGAAUGAAUUCAACGGUAAUUGUCGUUAGUAAAACGACAAGCGUAGAAACGAAAAAAAAAAAAAAAUUUAGUGAGCCAACCUUCCUGAACGAACCUGAAUGUACACUAGGAUUGAUUAGGCUGAAUCAAUUAAAUGAAAAUACCGUAUGCGUGGAAUGUUAGUAUUUGCCGUCGGGAAAUUAGUAGUCGUUAUGUUUACGCGGACCGGCUGAUCUGCAUAGUUUGGAUAACUUUGGGUAAAUUUGGAUGGGAGUCAUCGAAACUGGUCGGGCUUUUGUAUGUGUGCUGUAAAAAGACUUAAGUCCGCAACUUCAAACUUAAACACGUAUUGAUUUGUACCAGGGUAGCUUUUGUCAAAAUUUUACCUGAUUCAGAUGACAAGCACAACCAGUAUAGUAUGACUCCCUUACCCGAAGAAUACUUGGUGCGCGCAUAUAGCCGUCACUUUGAUGGACCCAUAGAGUUCCUAGCCAAUUCGACAUAAUCAAUCCUUCGACGGGGGUAGUCCCUGUCAAAAAGGCGUGACUCCCAAUGGAGGCCCACUAUGCCUAAGUGAAUCCAAUUAUUUUUUCCCUAACUGCCCCAAUAAAACAUGUUCCCCAAUAAAAUAUGCUUCACCACCUGCUCUACUCGAUACACUCGUAUUGCAAACUUCAAUACAAACAGAGGCUCUCACUUCUGUACUUAACUCUCUAUCUACUGUGUAAACAGAAUGUCCCGAAAUCUAUCGACCGAAAAAAAAAAACUCACAGAGAAAUAACUCUUAUAUUGUCGAAUAGUAUACGGAAUGAUACGAUGAUUUAUGAUGACGAUAGACAACAAUGGCGCGCGCGAUGGCCGGACAAGAACCAAAUCCGUGAUAGUAGUCGCUAGAGAGUUUCUGCCGUACUGUCUCGACACUCCUCGAAGGAUACGUGUUUAUAUAUAUAUAUAUAUAUAUGAGCUGGACUGGAGGAAAACACAGCGUAGGCGGCCGAUAAUUGUGAACGAACAUGAUUAUUUGAGAUAAUACUCCGUUAUCACGACUGAUUUGACCCGCCGACUUCGAUAGUGCGGCUCUGCCUUGUGCUUUGGUUGUGCGUAGCCUAGAUCUGUCUAGGAUACCUAUAUAGUUAGCAUAUAUAAUAGAUCCUGUCGCAGCGGCCAGGAAGAUGCGUCGCAAGCAUGAACCAUGAGCAUUCGAUGAACGGUAUGCGACGUACCCCGUGCUCCCUCUCCGAACAUGAACAAAUGGACGGACAAAAAACAGCGCCACUAAAUCUAUAAAGACGUCUUCAUCCAACCUAAUGAUUAUUAAGCAUACGAAAGUACUACAAUACAAUCACUACAAUGACUACGUCGCAUUCAGUAGAGUACAUCCUCAAGUAUGACAUAUAUAUAUAUAUAUAUCUAUACUGAAAAGACAUACACAAAUAAAAGCUUCCCUGAGGGUCGCGCCUGUGGGGGCACCAGUACUCUAGGGCGCUCAAUACGAAGUGUGGCCUAUGUGCUAGUUCCUCUUAUAUGCUUUGAGUUCGCGUCGACAUCGCCUGUGAAGAAAACUGAGGUAGAGGGAAGAAAACAAAACACUGAAUAACUCCCUAAAUUACGUGCUCCUAUCAUUUUGCAGACGUGCAGAGUUUAGGUGCGCGCGUACACUCACACAAAAACUCAUAUUCAGAGAAAAGAAUAAACAUUACGAAUCUAAUACCACGAUAUCACUACAAAUAGGUAGACAGUUAUGAUCUCUCGUACUAUCUCGAACUCGUAUUAAACACCGCCUCUUUGCCAUGACAGGUCGUACCAUGCUAUCGAUGAUUUCAUAGCCAUGUAACAGAAGUAACUGCGUUUGCUGGUAAAAGAUCUGACGGUGGUGAAGACAAUUACGGUGAAGUAAAAAACAGAAAAUUAAAUCGUGAUAAUAACAAUACUAAUAACAGUGUUAUUGAUGGUAGUGGCUGCGAAAACUCUCGACAAUGUAGCUUCCGAGGGCACCUCUCCCAAAUGUCGUCACACUUUACGGCCCUAUUCUCUUCCUCCUCAAUGUACUAUAGAUAAUUACGAGUUAGCAAAUUUCUCUGUUACGACAUCGAUUAUGACUAUUCCCUGGUGACGAGCGCGCGUGCCCUGCCAGAGAACGCAUAUAUUUAUUAUAGCCCGUAACGUAAUUCUAUAUAUAUAUAUAUAUAUAUAUAUAUAUAUGGUCUCUCUUUGGCGUUUGUUUUCACAAGCCACAAUAUAUAACAGUCUAUACCGCUCCAUGGAUACGAUAUAACGUAGAACAAAUCUCGGUCAAUGGGAGGGAGAGAGAGAGCAAGAUAAAACCUCAGUAUGACAUAUUUACAUCGUUUUCGGAAAGCAACAACAUGCGCACUAAGUAAGCAGAACAAACAAAUAAACGGCGGAUGUUACCAAAGGACAAAAAGGUAAACGAAAUUGACAUCUGCGCAAUGCAACACGCAACUCAUCGAACGGCAAAGCAGUGAAUGUUGACGUGCAUGAGCCGACAUGAUCCGAAACAGCCACCGACCAAUGGUGCGCGCGCAGGCAAAUUUUGGCUGUGCCUGUCGUCUAUUCAGGCCGAUAACCAAUGAAUCUGUCCAUGGCGUCAGGACAGUAGCGGAAAUAGUCCGGUUGACCAGUUUCGUCUGUGGCACUUACCCAAUAGAUCUAGCUUCAUUGAUGUGUAGUAUGUCUAGAAUGAUUAAGUUAAUGGAAACAAAAAAAAAAAUAGAUGCUGACCGACAAUGGGCGAUGGGUCGGCAUUGUGAGCUUAUUACAGAAGGUGUUCAAGGGAGAAGCAUAGUAGCUACGAAACGAAGGAUAUGAAUCUUAAAGAAUCUCUCCCGUAUUAAACAGUUGCUAUGAUGAUUAUCUUUAUAAUAGUCCGAUGAUAUACUCUUAACACUGUAUGAUAUGUCUGUUCGUAGUGUCUUGUUUUUUUGUGAACGUUUGCUUUGAAUUGUUGUAAAAUAGAAAUUUCUCUUUUGAGCCAGGAACCCAACGUUUGACAUGGCUCUGAGUCAGCGGUUCUGAAAUAUUCGUGUCGCCAGGCGCUAUCCAUCAGAGCCGUAGAACUGCGACAGAUGAAAUGGACUUUCUAAUAGCGAGCACUCCUAAAUUACCAAGAUCUACCCAUCGGCAAGUAAUAUUUAUUAUCGAACAUCUAUGACGGCGGCGUUGAAGACCAGCUUUCGUGAUCCUUCGCCUACAUUCAUUACAACACAUUAUACGAAAUGAAUCUAUCGAUAAUUUAGUAGGCGCCGGUAACGGGCUCCCUACCAUCGUUAAU